AUGCCAGACAUGAUGACUGGGUCUGACCAUGCUUCCCGAGGUGGCCCCUCCUACAACACUGCCAGGCACCUCACCAAGAUCCUUCACCCUCUGGUCGGCAAUACCCCACAUCAUAUCAAGAACUCAGACCAGUUCGCCCAGUUCAUGGACGGGUUGUCUCUACGCCCCACAGACGUAAUGGUCAGCUUUGAUGUAGUCUCUCUCUUCACUAAUGUACCCACAUUCGAAGCAUGCACCAUCGCCAAGGACAGGUUACUUCAAAAUCACUCACUCAGCAACCGGACCAACCUCACACCACAUCAAAUCCACAAUCUCCUGAUCAGCUGCAUAUCAUCUUCCUGCUUUCAGUGGAGAGACAAAUUUUUCGAGCAGUCUUCCGGAACCUCCAUGGGAUCGCCUCUAUCCCCGGUUCUGGCAGACCUGUUCAUGGAAGAAUUUGAGCAGACAGCCCUUUUCUCCGCCGACCUCAAGCCCAGCGUAUGGAUCCGGUAUGUGGACGACACCUUCGUCAUCUGGCCACAUAGCCCACAAGACCUCCAGCUGUUCCUUCAACACCUCAACAGCCAACACAACGACAUCCAGUUCACCAUGGAGAAGGAACAAGUCGGACGCAUUGCAUUCUUGGAUGUCGAGGUUUCAAGACUACCAGAUGGCACCCUAUCCCGCACAGUAUAUAGGAAGCCAACACACACCGACCACUACCUGAACAACCGGUCAUUCCACCACCCCAGCAUCAAGGCCUCCGUCAACAGAGCCCUCGUACGUCAAGCAUACAACGUCUGCGACCAAGACCACCUACAACCAGAACUCCAUCACAUCUCCACAGCACUAAAGCGAAACGGGUUCAAGUCAAGACACAUCAAGACCCUAGAUCCCCCCCAGACCAGCGGGUCUCCUAUACCCAAGGUCAACCCAUUAGGCAAUACCUCCCACUGGAUCCAGCGCAUCCUUCUCUACCAUGGCAUCAAAGUCUUCCAUACCGCCUCCAACAAGAUCCAAGCAACUCUCCAGUCUCACAAGGACAAACAAGACCCCACAACCAAGCCAGGGGUAUACAGGAUCCCCUGCGAAUGCGGCAAGGUGUACAUUGGCGAAACUGGCAGAGAUCUCACUACUAGACUCAAUGAACACCGAGCCCACGGACGACGGGGGCAUCUUGAGAAAUCUGUCAUCAUCAAACACUCCAGCACUGAAGACCACCAAGUCCACCGGCAACAAGCCCAUCUCAUUGCCAACAUAGAGCAAUGGCAUCCACGCCGUGUUCGUGAGGCAAUUGAGAUUCACAAGAACAGAACAGUUCUGCAAGACACAGGCUUCACCAUCAGUGACAUCUGGCGCCCCAUCCUCAACCCUUCUUAG